CGUCACGGGAAGAGCUGGGAGCCUCACCCAGGCUGGGCUGGUUAGCGCUGUGUGUCCCGAGCGGAGGAGGAGGAGGUCGAGCGGGCGGUGGUGGUGGUUGUUGGGGAGGCAGUGCCGGGGGCCAUACAGGAGAGGGAGCACAGCAGCGCGGUGUGGUUAUUUGAAUCUAGGCCGGCAUCAUGCGUGAAUACAAGCUGGUAGUCCUUGGGUCUGGAGGUGUCGGGAAGUCUGCUUUGACUGUCCAGUUUGUCCAAGGAAUAUUUGUUGAAAAAUAUGAUCCAACAAUAGAAGAUUCCUACAGAAAGCAAGUUGAAGUUGAUGGUCAGCAAUGCAUGCUCGAAAUCUUAGACACAGCUGGGACGGAGCAAUUUACAGCAAUGCGGGACCUCUAUAUGAAAAACGGUCAAGGCUUUGCAUUAGUGUACUCAAUAACAGCACAGUCUACCUUUAAUGACUUGCAAGACCUCCGGGAACAGAUACUUCGAGUCAAAGACACUGAUGAUGUGCCAAUGAUAUUGGUGGGCAACAAGUGUGACCUGGAGGACGAACGAGUGGUGGGAAAGGAACAGGGGCAAAACCUAGCAAGACAGUGGAAUAACUGUGCAUUCUUGGAGUCGUCUGCAAAGUCAAAGAUAAAUGUCAAUGAGAUUUUUUAUGACCUUGUGCGACAAAUUAACAGAAAAACUCCUGUACCGGGCAAGGCGCGUAAAAAGUCAACAUGCCGACUGCUUUAAUACAGAGAUGUGCUGUAGCUCUGAGCCAGGUCUGAAGAACUGUUGUCUGACAACAGUGCCAGCAUUCCAACUCAAAUUACCCUAUCAACAACUCCAAUGGACUUUCCUGUGGUGUACCCUUUGACGUGGAUGAAAGUUGCAAGCUCAGAUUGUGCACCAUCAGAUCCCUUCCCAAAGUCACGAGAAAGAUGCCUGCUUUGAGAUGCUCGUCACGUAUGCAACUGGGAACAACAGAGCCAACAUCCAGUAUUACUGCUAAAGAGACAUUGUUGACCCGACAAUGUAAUUACACGUCUGAAAGCGUGUGCUGUAUUCUUUCACAAGCCCCUCCUUUCUAUCGGAGUGUACAAUAAAAAAAGCACCACUAUUUUAGCUUACUAAACAAGGAAGUCCAAAGAGCUUCUUUAUAGACUACUCCUUGAUGACCUUGCAUCUUUGAUAUUUGUAGCUUCUUGUAACUAUUUUUUUCCUUUCUUUAAAGAAAUACAAGAGCAACACUCUUUGUAUUGUACAAAGUGCUUCUCAUAAACAUAACUUGUUUCUUUUCCUUUGUAAUUUUUUAGGGAAUCCUGUGGAGAAUAGCAUUACACCCCUUUUCUGGCACGUACGGGGCCCAGAUAAUAAAUUGGUUUCUUGUAUUAAGUCUCUGUCAAACACUUUGCCUUGGGUAGCUAUUCAGAAUGAUGUUCCUGUGUUAACCCAACUAAAAUCCACGCGUUUCCAUGUUUCCCAGCUCUGUUUACAUAGGGAUUCAUGUUUAUAGAUGUUUAUACAGUGGGGGUCUACAGGAAGUGUGUAUUUCAAAAGGGUUUUUUAAUGAUUUAUCAGUAAUUUGUAAAUCAUUUUCAGGCUUCUGCUGCUGUAGAUUCUCACUGUGAAUCUUGUUGUUCCUACCCUAGCUUGCUUGCUCGUGCAUAUGUGUAUUUGCAAUACCAAAUAUACAGGUUUAGUCCUUUAUUUUAUUUUUCUCUUUUUGCUAGUGAUAGUUUCACAUGUGUAUUGUUUGGUUGAGAUGUUAAAUGGUGGAAGAGUCCAGUGGAUGUGAAUGUGGGACAUGUAAUUUUAAAUCAUUUGUGUAUUUUCUCUUUUUUUUUUUUUUCCGUCACCAGGACUAAGUUGCAGUAGUUAUCUUUUUAUUUUUGAGGAUUUAUUUAUCAAUGCCUUGUUGCUUUGUAUGCAUUACUGUUUGGGUGUAAAGAUUGUGUGUAUAUAUCCAACAGAGAAACACAGUAAUCCAGUUGACCAACUUGAUGCUACAACUGCUUUAAGGUGGCCAAAUGUAAACUCUAAAGCCUUAAUAAAGUGGUGCAAUUUUGUAUAACUUAGGAUUGGUUCAGUAAAUUUGCAACGCCAUGCAAGGCUUGCAUUAUCAUAAAUCUACCACUUCAGUGCUUCAUUUAAUGUGUUAAGUGCUUGCUUAGGCAACUCUUCAGGGUGCAGCAUGCACUCUGCAUAAUGCCAAGCACUUCAGCGACUCAGUCUUCAAAACCGUCUAGCAAAAGACGUAUGGCCAGGGCCCGUGUGCACCACAUCUAGUUUUACCCAAUCAAAUUCGUACAAUUUAUCAGUGUGAACUUCAACAACGGUUCUUGGAUACAUGUAGCAUUAUGAGUAAUAGGGCACUUUGGUAAUCAUACGGUUAGAUUCGAAAACAUGACUGGUAUAACAAAUUGUUGAGUUGCAGCUCAUUGUUUUCACAUUGUGCAUUAAAGGUCAAUUAUCUUGUCUUUUCCCGCUUAUUUUGUCCGGGGGAGAUGGAAAGGGGAUAUGGGGGAGGAGGGUGUGGGGGAGAAUAAACCCUGAAGGAUGCGAUGACAUAAAGCCCUAUCUAAUUUUAUAUUAUGAGCCUUAAUGUGACUUUUAUUCAGUGUGUCAACUAACUCCCGCAGAACCUCAUUUGGGAAAUCCUUGUGCUUCUUUGGUUUUCCAUUAUUAACAGAUUUAUUUUUUGUUUUUCUUUUGUGUGCAUUAAAAAGCCCAAACUCUGCUAAUACACAGACGCAAAAAAAUAAAAUAUUGUUCUUCCUUGUA